AUGGCUACAGGUACAACACCAUCUGCUGCAGAUGAAGCGUUAUGUACAACAGAUGAAAAGGCAAAUUUUCAGCGAUUGACACGGCUUCUGAUGCGUGGAGGUCUCGCACUUUUAAGGGAGGUGUUUGACAGUAUCCAUCCCCCACCCAACCUUCCAGCUGUGCUUAGUAACCCUGUAAUAAAGACGCAGCUCCAAACUCUUAGAAGAAACAGAGUCCUCACCCAACCCGAAUGGAACUGCCUUUACAACCCAAGUGGGCCAGGGACGUGUGGAAAAUCGACCGAUUUUGAUAUCAGUUUACUUUGUAAAUUGCUUCGAGCAAUAUGCAGCCUCACUCCUCCGGCUACCGGAUGGGACAUUUUGCCUAACAGCACUGAUCACAGUCUUGAGGCAGACUUAGUUAGAAUUAAAUUUUACCGUAACAAAAUUUAUGGUCACAACCACAGCAUGGAGAUGACAAAUGCUGAUUUUGAGAAGCUUUGGAUGGAAAUUAGUGAGGCACUAUUAAGACUUGCUAGCGGCAUAAGUAGUGCAAAGAGAGAUGAGUGGAAGAAGUCCAUCGAAAGCUUUUUCCAUGAACCACUAACACCAGAUGCACAAGAAAAUGUCUUGCAACUUCGGUUAUGGUACAAAAAAGAAAUGGAGACUAAAGACAAAGUAGAAGAGCUAACAGAAGUGGUCAAGCAGAUGAAAAUGAAUCAAGACCAAAUAUUAAUGCUCAUGAAUAUUCACGUCCUUGCAGAAAAGGUUGUUGAAAGAAGUGAGUCUUCUGUACGUCCCUUACCCUUUGCAGCCCCACGAGCACAAGGCGUCUAUCUGCCAUCUAAAAAUGACGAGACGCGAAUUCCGAUAUCCCCAGAGCAGCCAUCAGUAGAGGCCACUCCAUCCGCAAGCAUGGAGUUCCAAGGAAGUCAAAGGAAUCGUGAAAAAGUUCUUGACUUCUGGUCUGUUGUUUGUUCAUUCAGAGAAUCAUUUCAUCAAUUGUUUGAAUAUCUGAAAUCAAAACUUGGAGUUGACGUUCAUGACUACAGACUAGGCAGCUUGAUCGUAACAGUCUCCUGCAGUUCUUUAGAAGUUCUUGAGGAAUUGUGGGGGGAGUACCGGACAGGGCAUCUUAAUGAAGUGGUUCAGGCUACGCUUGUAACGGCAGAGGUUCUCGAAAAGCUAAACCUCGGGGAGGUUAAACUUAGAACCAUUAUUUCAGAGGAAGACUACAUGUCAUACAAAGAGUUUUUAAAGAACAGUUCAGGUAAUGCUGUGAAACUAUAUUUAACAGAUGGUAAGGUAUUUGGCUCGAGGGCAAAAUUAGUAACAAAAACUGCCGGCCUCAGAGAAAACACUUGAAACCUUGUAACAUGUCAUAACGACAGUUUUACUUUCCACACACGAACCAAUCGUAACCACCCAUGCAAACCCUCGUCCCAUGUGCAACUUGUGACGUCAUUGCGAGGCUUAGCAAUCCUCCCAAGUGAAACCAUAAUUCAAUAGUUGUACAGGCUGAGUCCUUGUAAAUUUGCCAAAAAUAUAUCAUAAUAUAACAGAACACAAGUAAAGCGAGCGCUCCGAAUGGUGAAUUUGUCAUUUUCAACUAUCUGGCUAUUGUUGAAUAUUGACGCUUAAAGUAGUACGCAUCAUUUCUACUUGCCUUGACCAUAUUUAAUUUUUACGUCACAGUUUGCAGAGGUUUUUAUCUAACUGUUGAUUGACUGGUUUACAAAACGUCGUCGUUUAGUAACACACAUAUAGUUUAUAUUAUCCAGAAGGAAGGCUACUUAUUCAGAAAAAGAUUUGUUUGAACGAAAUCAAAGACUUUUUUGGCAAAAAGAGGCCUACUCCGGGACCUUAAUUAAGUCCCUUAAGUCGUCUUAAAAAUCUCUAAGAGGUUUAAAUUGUCUCGUAGUUAUUAUUUUUCUAGUUUUCUAUUUCCAGAAUGCAUGACUUCUCAUAAACACGCUGUUUAUUUGCUAAGCUUUUAAAAAGUUUACUAAAAAGGCUGUCAACAACAGUUUGAAAACUGUAACAGGUGUUACUGCCAUUUGUCAACAAAAUUUUGACUCGGUCGUGAAACGAUUUAAAGAAAAGAAGCUUUUCAAUUGGGCAAAAAAUGCAAAGAUAGUCGUAUUAAAUAAUUUUUUCAUACAUCUUGAUCAACGUGUCCACUUAUAUGGUGGUGAGUGAAGUCCGGUGUGCGACAAACGUGGACUGCAGACUUCCAGACUGGCAGGUAAGUGACAGAGGUUAACCUUGUUGUGAAUGCUUUAACAGAUUCCCUAUCCCUGAACUUUAAGUCAUUCAAAAGCCUAGUUUAGAGAUAAGGAAUCUGUUUAAGCAUUUCACGAGAAUGUUUACCUCGAUUACCUGCCAGUGUACAGUCUGCGUUUGUUACACACCGAGUGAAGUCACACUAGAUAUAAUAAAGAACCUCGGAUGUUUGAUUGCGGUGAACUUUCUGAGUGCAGUCGUUACUCAAUUUAUAAUCUAUUGAAAUUAGAUGCGUUUUACCUUUUUUUCUGAUCUUUUAUUUUACGAGUACGUAAUUUUUUUUUUUUUUUUUUUAACUUAUGGAGAUUAUUCGUUCUCUCACAACUUGAAAAACGCGAUCAUACUUCACUCUAGGUUUCUCGCUUGAACGCUGAAAGGAAAACUAGAAAACAGGCAAUUUUCGAGGUUUAAAGACUUCACUUUCACUUUUAAAACGAGAAAGAGCUUUCUUGCGAAACUGAUUUUCAUUGGAGAAUAAAAAAACACUUUCAUAACAGUAGCUUCGCACUUAUCCUCGUUUUGCCGAACAGAGACUUGUGGGCAACUCAAAAAUGNCACACUAUAUAAAAAAAAGUACCUUUGAUGUUUUAGUGCGGUGUACUUUCUGAGUUCAGUCGUUUCUCAAUUUAUUAUCUUUUUAAAUUAUAUGCGUUUUUCCUUUUUUUUUGAUCUUCUUUUUUUCGGGUUCGUUAUUUUUUUUUUUUUUUUUUUAACUUAUGGAGAUUAUUCGUUCUCUCACAACUUGAAAAACGCGAUCAUACUUCACUCUAGGUUUCUCGCUUGAACGCUGAAAGGAAAACUAGAAAACAGGCAAUUUUCGAGGUUUAAAGACUUCACUUUCACUUUUAAAACGAGAAAGAGCUUUCUUGCGAAACUGAUUUUCAUUGGAGAAUAAAAAAACACUUUCAUAACAGUAGCUUCGCACUUAUCCUCGUUUUGCCGAACAGAGACUUGUGGGCAACUCAAAAAUGCCUAUUGUAUCUUUCCAUCUUGUUUAGGUGAAGGAGAAGACACAAUUUCAAUGUAUCAGUUUCAAGGAAGCACUGCGAAGGAGCUUGUUAAAGGUAAAAUAUGAUAUAAAGAAGCUUUCUGACAACGUGGAAAGAGAUAGAAAUAUCCUCUACAAGACGGAAAUAAACAUCGAUUACUCCUGAUUAUUUUAUCAUCAUUCUAUCAGAGGGAGGGGAAAGGGAAUGCAUGAAUAGUCAGUUAUCCUUUUCUCUUUAAUUCGGACAGAAGGAAGAUCAUUUUUAUUUAGAAGUAUUGUUAAAGCUCAGACUGGAAGGGAACUCGGGUUAGCCUAUAGAAAAUGAGUGGUGGAACAUUACACGUUUUGGGAAGAAGAAAUCAGUCGCCAAAUCUAGUUUUCCCCUUAAAACAUUGCAAGAACAGCAAAAAUACAGCCCAAGCGAAUUGACAGCUGUUAUUUGAAGAAUACAGUUACUAGACACGACAUCCCUCUAUAUUUUGAACUUUCAAAGGAAAAGACAAAUGAGGACGGGAACUUAACAUCGAAAGAGGAAAGCAUGUUAUGUUAUAUCUCAUUAAAAUAAGAUAAUCAUUCAUUCAAAAUAUAUCACCGGUUCUGAAUGGCUCAAAGCCCCCGGCUACUUCUUCAUAACAAACUGACAUGAGCCAAAUUUGCAAGAUGUGAGCAAUAAACCAUGCAUCGAUUCGAUGGUUUAUUGACUUGGAAACCCGGUUGAUCGAUGGUAUAUUGAUUUGGAAAAGAGUUUACAUGGACGAUAGAUCAUCGAUCAACUUCGUUUCCAGGCGCGGCGGCGCGCGAGUGAACUAAACCAAAUGGCGUUCACGCGGCUAUGCGAGAACGAAAUAUCUGAAUUUCUGACUAAAACUGAACAGAAGGAAAGCAAGAAUACGCAAAACAUAUUGCUCAAUGGAUGUUAUCUACUGAUUGAAGAGGCUGCAUGUUUAUAUCCUGAAACUGCGCCGAAAAAUAGGCUAAAGUUUAGAACGUCUACCCGGAGGUACGCUUGUUAAAACUUAAAGAUAUUUUUAAUGAAUAAUAAAGCAAUUCUUGAAUCCGGCUUUCGAAUGAUGCGAAGAUCUCGGAGGAUGGUCUCCACCUUAGUCUUCAGCCUCGGUGGAUAACAUCAGUUCUAUCAUAAUUGCUAAACAUCCUUCCGUUAGUGUUCGUCAUUCGAGCGAGUUUGAAUUUAUAGGGAAAGAAUGGUUAGUUUUUCGUUCGAAGAAACGCCUCGUGGGGUAAUAUGAAUUCUAUAGUAAUUCUAUAACUCGCGCCUAUAGUAGUAAAUAAUCAAGAGAAUGUGUUGAAAGCGCCAAAUUACUAGGUGUUACGAUCUCCAACAACCUUACAUGGAAUAUGCACAUUGAUCAAAUCAUAAAGAAAGCUUCUAAACGUAUAUAUUUCCUAAUACAAUUGAAAAGGGCCAAUGUCGUAAAGCAUGAAUUAAUUCUUUUUUAUACAUCUUGUGUAAGGUCAGUCAUGACCUACGCAUGGCCUGCGUUUUUCUACGCCCUGCCAUUGUAUUUAAAGAAAGAUCUAGAGAAUGUAGAGAAACGGGCACUAUCAAUCAUUUGCCCGGGACUGGCCUAUAGAAAGGCCUUAGAGCUUUCAAAUAUUAUGUCUAUCAAUGACUACAUCGCUAGCUUAUGUAAAAAGACCUUCCUCUCGAUUGCUAAUGACCCGGCCCAUCGCUUACAAAACAUGCUCAAUCGUCAGGGCCGUCGUGUUAUACACUCUUUUUUUUAAUAAGAAUGUUGUUUUUCCGGCCCAGGCUGAAUAUUCUUAUUCUUCUGCCGAUUUUUGGUUGAAAAUAUUCUAGUAUUAUUCUUAGUUUAUAGCUCAUGACAUUUCCGUUUUAGACUAUACUGGGGGUAUCAGUUGUAGUUAGUUUAUGUUUUCUCGUUUUGUUGCCUAGUUUUCCGUCUUUAGAGAAUGGAAUAAGUGGAAAACAUAUAAUUGUAUUGUAUUUACAGCUUUUGAACACAAAAAUAUAUCCUUUUCAAUAUCUCAGUCUGGGGUUUAUUCUUAAAAUAUUCUUAAAAUUUUGCGAAUUGAAUUUCAGCCUUGAUAUUCUUAUAAAAUAUAUUCUUAUAGAAAAAAAAGAGUGUAAUCUUCGGUGCAAAAGGAGUUUUGCGAUUCCCAAAUGUAAGACCGAGCGUUUCAAAAAUAGUUUUUUAGUAAGAUCAUGUAUUGAUAACGAAUUUUAGCGCUCGGUGAGUUUUGUAAAUGAGAUCGAUGACGUUGUAUUUAUUUUAAUAGUUUUAAGCUUUUUUAUAUGUAUAGGAUGUUAUUAUUUAUUUAGGACUUUAUCAUUAUCAUUUUAUCAUUUUAUACUCACUGUUGUAAGAUUCUGUUAUAUUAUAUUAUAUAUUAUAUUGUAAAUACACAUUUCAGCUUAGAAGCUGCAAGCUUUUUACAAAUAAACUAUCUAUCUAUCUAUCUAUCUAUCUAUCUAUCUAUCUAUCUAUCUAUCUAUCUAUCUAUCUAUCUAUCUAUCUAUCUAUCUAUCUAUCUAUCUAUCUAUCUAUCUAUCUAUCUAUCUAUCUAUCUAUCUAUCUAUCUAUCUAUCUAUCUACCUAUCUAUCUAUCUCCACCGUAAAUGAAGAGGUAUAAUUUACAUGCCUGAUUAAGGUAUAUUAAGACAAAGAAAAGUGAAUCUGUGGCGACGAUAGAAACCGUUUUGCGCAAUACGAUACAAUGUUUAAUUCACAUUUCCAAACAAACAUAUAAAGCUACUUUAACCUAUUUCUAUAAAUAACAAGGCAUACAAAAUACACGUUGCGAGGAAGGAAGUGCCCUAGCUGAUAUAGAAAAUAGCCCGCCAAGGUUUUCGAGUUAGACAAUGGUCAACUAAAGACGUCACUAAAGUUUUUGACUUAUAAAGCGACUUUCGCAACUUUCUCAUUUCAAUCGGUUAUUUUGUUACUUUCAUCUGUUACAUGUACUUUUAAUACCCAAUUUCUGGAUAAUCUUAAUCAAUCAUCUAGUCUAGAAAUAGGACAAAAAAUGGUAAAUUUCAAGUUUAGUUACGUGCACAGAAACUCUCAAAUAGCUCAUGCAUGUUACACCUUUUUAUGUUGUUGUUAAUUACAGCUAAGGACGAGGAACCUAUCAGCCUUACCAAACUAGUUUCCCACCACCAACUCGCUAACCUGUCAAAAGCUCUUGGGUCAAACUGGAGAAAGCUCGGUUCAUUGCUUGGAAUUCCUGAGAAAAAGCUAGAAAAUAUUAGUACGACGAAUAAACUUGAACACAAUAAAGGAAGGGAGAUGCUUUAUGAGUGGAAGAAAACCAUUGAUGGUGCUGCUAUGGAGGAGUUACAAGAAAAACUGAAAAAGAUGGGAAUGGGUCAUCUGCUGAGACUUUUUGAA